AUGACUGACUCAACUCCGAAACAGAGAGCCUUCGAGAAAUUCCGCAACGCAAUCUAUGAGUUUGACAAAGUCGUCUCAACUACCACCAAACUCCUCCGCUUCGCCCACGCCCUUCACAUUCCUAUCUACGUCACCACCCAGACCCGGGCCAAACUAGGCGAAACCGUCUCCGAACUGCAACCCUUUCUCACCCAAAAAGACGGUGGUGGCAGCAGCAGCCUACACCCUCUCGUCGCUGCCGACCUCGACAAAACUCUCUUUGCCAUGUACACGCCCUCUCUCGCCUCUUUGUUCUCCUCCUCGCCCUCUAGUAUCCCCUCGCACAUUGCUCUGGUGGGAAUCGAAUCGCACAUCUGCGUGACGCAGACGUGCUUGGCCCUGCGGAAGAAGCAUCCCAACACCAAGAUCUACGUGAUUGCGGAUGGGGUCUCGAGUUGUAACAAGGAAGAAGUUCCCGUAGCGCUGGCGAGGCUGAGGCAGGAGGGAGUGACGGUCACGACGAGCGAGGCGUGGAUGUAUGAGUGCAUGGGGGAUGCGGGGAUUCCCGAGUUCAGAGAGGUGGUGAAGAUUGUGAAGGAGACGGCGGAGGGGUCGAGGGAGGCGUUGAGGGCGCUGGGGCCGCUGGGGGCAAAGAUUUAG